AAGACUUGAUAGGUUAGAAGGGUUUUGUUUUAUCGGGAAGGAUUAUCGCAGACAAUGCAGAAUUUCUUCGAGAUUCCGGAAUUUCACGACUUAUUAAAUGCGGUUAAGACGUCGAACGAAAAGGUUGUUGUUAUUUCAAUCAUCGGGAAAACUGCCCAUCGCUCGUUCGGUUUGAAAGCGAAAUCGUUCGGGCGCCUCUUGCCGCACGGAAGCCAGCAGAAAGACCAAAACGUGAGGAUCGCGGGAUCCUAUGAUAAGGAAAGCGGCAUCGUCUAUCUCCACCUGUACAGCCUGUUGGACACGGACGUCCUUAUACAGCAGUACCAGGGCGUGAGAGUGUCCUGUCAGAACCGACUGAACUGCGACGAUUUCAUAACGAUAAGCGACGAAAUAAAAAACCAGACCUCGAAAUACAUGUUGUUUUUGCUGUACGUGAGUCACAUUGUGGUCCUCUCCCAUCCAGGCUACACUUUCGACACGAAUUACGUCCAGUACUUUAAGAUAGUGGACUCUCUGAGUAAGCAGCUGUUCGAUCACAUAAGCGACUCCUUGGCGUCCGUCGAGUCCCUCAGCUAUGACUGGGCGAACAACGGGCGGCCUUGCACGCCCCGCCUGCUGGUGCUGUUUGAGCGGAGCCCCCCAGGACUCGACAGCGAUGGCAUAAAGCGGAUGGAGCACAAUUUGGAGGACAAAAUUUACCAUGUGCUGAAGAAAACCAGGAUUAUAUCCGGCGCGGGGCACUCGUUGUUCGCCAUCCCGUUAAACGAUGAGUUCGUUUACAUUUCCGAGCGGCCUGCCGAGGACAGGCUGGGUGACGCGGUCAGGGGGUUGAUACGAGACUGCCAGCCGGGGGGCGCGCUCCAAGUCACGCCUCCGUUUUCGAACGAGCCCUACCUCGAGAAGCACUUUUCGAGGUUUGUGCAGGUCCAUGUGCAGCAGGCCCGCAAUAAAGGUUUCGACGAUCACGCCGUGUCGAGCAGGCACCAACACGCGCCCCCUUAUUUCGAGCUUCCAGCUUUGAGGCUAUGGACGGAGGUGUGCAAACGGCUUUACGACGUCAUCAUUGCUAAGGGUACGUUGGUGCAGACCCAUUUUGCCGACACCCGAUUUUCUGAACAGAGGUGCCUCAAAGUGCUGCCACUGGCGAUGGCGCGCUAUCAGGAGGGAUUGCCCUCGCAUUAUGCCAAGGCGGAGCACGAGGCGCGGUUGAGGAUAGCGCUGGGAUUGUUCAGGGCGCAAGCGCGGGGCCCCAAAUACCACCAGUACGAGAUGCAGCUGGAAAUGGAAUGCACGAGUCACUGGGAAAACGGUCGGCAACAGUGCGAAGCCGCCUCCAUGACCGGAAACCCGUGCAAAUUGCCGAAACAUGCCAGCGAUCAGGAACACAUCAGCGGCUUCAUUUACAGGUCGGUGUGUGAUUGUGGCCGCAAGGUCGGACCCAGAGACGACCCGUACACCGCGAAGCAAGCGAACUUUAUCUUCUAUCAGCAAAUCGCGAAGGAGUGUCAGUGCUCGAAACUGGAACGCAUAGAUUUUCCGGUGUUCGAACCGUCGAUCAAAGAGUACAGGGCGGCGACCAUCAACGAAACGGAGGAGGCCCUAUCGGUCUUAUCGGACCGAAGCGUCCAACUCACUCCCGAAAUGGAAAAAGGUUUGGCACGUCAGCCCAGCACCACGGAAUACCUACCGGGGAUGGUGACGUCGACCUCACCCCCAGGUUUAUUACCGGUAUUCUCGAGCUGGUCUCUGGUCUGCCUCGGGGCGUCCUCCCUCUACAGUCACAACAUAGGUCUGACCGAAUCGUGCCACCCGGGCUUUCUAAGUUCCACCAAUUACCUGCUGCCGUGGGACGUGUCCGGGCACGAAGUAAUACCUCAAACGGUCAAAGUUUUCAUCGGAGUCGAGUACGAGUGCACUUUGGGCCACAGGUUUAUGCUGGCCGCCCCGGAUCGAAUGCUGAAAGCCGCACCCGGAAGCAUAGUCAAGGACACCGGCCACAAGGUGGCCGAAUCCGACAUGCCGCUGUAUUUCCCGUGCUCUUGUCGGGCCGGCAAGAUCGCCCAGCUCAUGCGUUUGCACGUAGUCACACCCAAAGCCCCGGUCCACUGCACUCUGAACCCCAGGGUCCAGCCCGCAUCGGGAGCGCCGAUUUUUAUAUGUUCCGUGGACGGGCCGGCCAAGCUGACGCAGUCCGCGUAUUGGGUCUUGCGCUUACCGUUCGCUUACGUCGCCGACAAGGAGCAUUACUCGCAGAACUUGACCGGGAAGCUGCUGCAAGGCGUGUUCGGGAUCGCCGAAGCUGAUUAUUAACGUCUUACUGCUACAAAUUUCGAGUUAAAUAAAUUUGGUUUCAAAUAUCGCGUUUUUUUUUCACUCUUCGUUCGUAAUUUUUUUUUUAAAUAAGUUUUCGGUUUUUAAA